UACCAUUCAUGAACUACAAGUAUUAACUAUGUUAUUAUUAUUUUUAGUUUUAAUGUUAAUGAACCAUUUAUGUAUUUGUUCUACGAAAAAUGAUGUGACUGUGAUAAAAAGAAAUAUUCUCUCCAGGAAAAAGAGAUAUUUAGUUUUUCCAAAAGGAAGCACACUUGUGAUUCAAUUAUCUGCAAUAAAAGCAAUACAGCAAGCGCAACCAAGAGGUUGGAAUUUUUUGGAAGAAUUAGAAUUCCCCUUCUUUUUACCAGAUGAUCCAAAUAUGUUCCGGAGGAAAAAUAGGAAUAGGAGAGAAGUCUAUGCUACGAUUAAAAACGGAUUAACAAAAUACGGAUUUGAUGGCAGAACCUGUAUAGAUAAUUUAAUUUGUGACAUUAAACAAUUUACGAAAUCACAAAAAACAUCUAUGAAUGAAGAAAUUUUAUUUGAAAUUUUUCGUUACCUAGGUGAAAAUACUAACUUCGAAGAAGUUUGCACAGGGGAAACCAACCUGCAAUGUUCGUAUUCCAUUCUCCAGUAUUUUCUACAAGGAAUUAAUAUAUUACAGUGAGAAUUCAAGAUGUCAAAUAGCGUUAUGUUGCAUUCUGUUGUGUUGUUCAUCUUAUUUCUUCUUUAAGAGGGGACUUUUACGCCAAAUAUAAUUUUUUUCUUAAUUAA